AUGGCCCCGCCCAAGGCUGCGCUUGACUUUGUUGAUUUUGUCAAUGAUUCCCCGACCCCCUACCAUGCCACCCAGUGCGCGGCCGAACGGUUCGAAAAGGCGGGCUUCAAACUGAUCCGCGAGCGCGACUCGUGGAACUCUACCGUACAACCCGGCGGCAAGUACUACCUCACCCGCAAUGGCUCGUCCAUCGUGGCUUUCGCCGUCGGCCGCAAGUGGCGCCCUGGAAACCCAGUAGCCAUUGUCAGUGCUCAUACCGACUCUUGCUGCCUGCGCCUCAAGCCCGUUUCCAAGAAGAGUUGCGUCGGCUAUCUUCAGGUCGGCGUCGAGGCAUAUGGUGGCGGCAUGUGGCACUCGUGGUUCGACCGUGACUUGAGCAUCGCUGGCCGAGUCCUCGUCCAGGAAGGCGACAGUUUCGUACAGAAGCUCGUCAAGAUCGACAAGCCGUUGCUGCGCAUCCCCACGCUGGCCAUUCACCUCGAACGGCAAUCCAACUUUGACCCCAACAAGGAGACUGAGCUGUUCCCCAUUGCCGGUCUGGCCGAGGCCGAGCUAAACAAGAGCUUCGACGACGACGACGCCGCCCCCGCGCAGGCCGACAAGGGCGAGGAAUUCAAGCCGCUCAAAGCCAUGGCCGAGCGCCAUCACCCUGCCGUUCUCGACGUCAUCGCCAGUGAGCUCAAGGCCAAGGUCACCGACAUUAUCGACUUUGAGCUGGUUCUCUAUGAUACCCAGAAAUCCUGCAUCGGUGGCCUCAAGGACGAGCUCAUCUUCUCUCCUCGCCUGGACAACCUGGGCAUGACCUACUGCUCCGUCAUGAGUCUCAUUUCGUCUGUUCGCGACAACCGUUCCCUGGACGAUGACUCGACGGUCCGCAUGACGGCCUGCUUCGACCACGAAGAAAUCGGCUCCCAGUCUGCGCAGGGCGCCCACUCCAACUUGCUGCCAGCCGUUGUCCGGCGUCUCUCCUUGCUGCCCAGCAGCCGAGACGGCUCGAGCGACGGCAGCUACGAGGCCGUGCACCACGAAGCCGAGGAUGCCACGGCCUACGAGCAGACUCUGUCCCGGUCGUUCCUCGUUUCUGCCGACAUGGCGCACGCCGUCCACCCCAACUACGCCGGCAAGUACGAGUCGUCGCACCAGCCGGCCAUGAACAAGGGCACCGUGAUCAAGAUCAACGCGAACCAGCGGUACGCCACCAACUCGCCCGGCAUCGUCCUGAUCCAGGAGUGCGCCCGGCGAGCCGGCGUGCCCCUCCAGCUGUUUGUCGUGCGGAACGACUCCCCGUGCGGCAGCACCAUCGGGCCCGGGCUGGCCACCAGACUGGGCAUGCGGACCCUCGACCUGGGCAACCCCCAGCUGAGCAUGCACAGCAUCCGCGAGACGGGUGGCGCUGCCGACGUUGAGUUUGCAGUCAAGUUGUUUGAGGAGUUUUUUGGCAGCUACGGACGUCUGGAGCCCCAGAUCCUCGUGGACUAG